AUGCCGUUAGCUGAUGAACAAAUAGAAAUAGAACCCGAAGCCUCUCAGGUGAACGAACAAAUAAAUGAAAAUGUAGUUCCAUUAGAUUUAUCAUUUCAGCCGAUUCAAAAUACAACUUCUUUUACAUUAGGUUCUGAUACUAGUACAAAAAAGUGGUCUAGAUUUAUUCCAAUAUUAAAAAAAAAUAUAUUUUGGAAAAAUGUUCCGUUUACUCCUUCAAUUUUUACAAUACAAUCUGAUUUAAAUCCGCCAGUUUUGACCAAUAUUUUAAACCCAAUUGAUUAUUUAACUAAAUAUUUUUCUAAUGACGAUUUCAAAAACACGGCAAAAUAUACAAAUAUAUAUGCUGCUCAGAACAAUUUGAAAAAUUUUAAAAAUACUUCUACUCAUGAAAUGAAAACUAUGAUUGCAAUACAUAUGCUUUUUGGUGUUCUAAAAUAUCCAAGAGUUAGGAUGUAUUGGGAAAAAAAAUUUAGAGUGCCUUUAAUCGCGGAUAACAUGACCAGGAAUAGACUUUUUGAACUUCGCAGUUGUUUCCAUGUCGUAGAUAAUAAAGCCAUACCCAAAGAAAACAGAGAUAAAUUUGUGAAAAUUCGUCCUUUGUAUAAUUCAUUUAUUAAACGCUGUGCCCAGUUACCUGUUGAACAAAAUCUAAGUGUGGACGAACAAAUUGUUCCUUUUAAAGGAAAUUUAUCAAUAAAACAAUAUAUUAGGGGUAAACAAAUCGAUAAAAAUAUGCAAAAAAAUUUUGGUCUAGGUGGAGCAAUCGUUUUAAAAUUGGUUGAAAAUUUAAAGCCUAAAAACUUUUUAUUUUUUGACAACUUUUUCUCCUCUUACAACUUAUUUUGCUGUUUAUCAAAGUAUAAAAUAUUUGCUGCUGGAACAAUCCGAAUAAAUAGAUUCAAUAACCCCCCGUUUCCAAAAGAUAAACAACUAGCUAAAAUGGGCCGAGGAACUAGUUUCGAGAUAUGUUCAAAUCAUAAUAUUGCUUUGGUAAAGUGGUUCGAUAAUAAAGCUGUACAGCUCGGAUCAAAUUUCAUUUCUUCGGGAACACCAACUAUAGUACAAAGAUUUGAUCGUAAAAAAAAAUCACUGGUUUUUAUUGAAUGUCCCGAAGUUGUUUAUUUAUACAAUAAAAGUAUGGGUGAUGUAGACAAACACGACCAGCUGGUAAGUUAUUAUCGAACGUUUAUUAAAUCAAAAAAGUGGACUUUACGUAUGCUUUUUCACAUAUCUGAUAUGGCAGUAGUUAAUUCGUGGCUCGAGUACAAAAGAGAUGCAAUAAACCUUAAAAUUCAUACAAAAGAAAUUAUGGAUUUGAUACAUUUUAAACAACACCUUGCCGAAAGUUUAAUUAUGAUUGGUAGUCUUUCAACUCCUAUAUCAAAACGAAGAGGGCGCCCCAGUAGUUCCGAUUCAAUAAAUAUAACUCCAACUAGAUCACCAAAAAACGUCGAUAAAAGACCGCUCGAAGAAGUAAGGAAAGAUCAAUACGGACACCAUCCAGAGUACGAUGAUCGUAAAGAAGCAAUACGGUGCAAGUUUGAAGGUUGUACAGAACAAUCUAGAGGUAUUAUACCAUUCGUCAAUAAUUAA